AUGUCCAAUCCCGCGCAGACCGUCCACAUCCUCGGGCUCGGCAGCAUCGGGUCCCUGAUCGCUCACUGUCUCCGAAGUCUACCCAGCCCGCCGCCCGUGAACCUCCUCAUUCACCGCAAGACUCUAUACGACGAGCUCGCCCAGGCCCACUGGACCCUGGGACUGCGCGUCGGCGAGGACGGCCCGCUCCAGAAGCGCGGCGGGUUCGGCGCAGAACUUGUCCCCGCCACAACGUCGCGCGAGCCAAUUCAAAACCUCAUCGUCGCGGUCAAAGCGAGCGCGACAGUCGCGGCGUUGAAGCCGAUCCAGCAUCGACUGGGUCCGACCACGAAUAUAUGUUUGUUUCAGAAUGGGAUGGGCCAAGUGGAGGAUUUGAACUCUUGCAUGUUUCCGGAUCGCAAGAGUCGGCCGACGUAUAUGUUUGGGAUCAUGCGGCAUGGGGUGUAUUUGCGAUCGUCGACGGAGGCGGUUUUGUCUGGGUUGAGCGGGAGCGCGUCGAUUGGGAUCAUGGAUGAGGAUGGAGAGGCGUGUCGUUCUUCUCGACAGGAUGAGUGUCGGGGACCGGGUAGUCCCCGCGAAUUAUUGGAUGUUCUUCUGCGAUCUCCGAUCUUACGCUGCGAACACUUGGAAUGGAAAGAGCUCUACGAGAACCAACUGUUCAAACUGGCGGCGAACUGCGUACUCAAUCCUCUGACCGCAAUCUAUGAUGUUCGCAACGGAGAGAUCAAAUCCAACCUGGACAUGCGUCCUCUCUUACAAAACGUCCUCGAAGAAGUCUCUCUUGUGUUGCAACGGCUGCCCGGUAUUCGAGAAUUACCCGAUGACCAGAAGAGCCGCUUUUCUGCGUCGGCGCUGGAACGUCUGACCAUGGACACGAUCGAACAGACGGCGCGAAAUUCGAGUAGUAUGCGGGAGGAUAUCAGAAAGGGUCGCAUGACGGAGAUUGAGUACAUCAAUGGGUGGAUUUUGCGACGAGCCAGGGAGCUGCAGAUUGAUUGUCCGGCUAAUCGGGACCUGAUGGAGAGGGUUCUCGAUAUCAGUCGGUCGACGAGACGGGGAUGA